UUUUUGUCGCCAAAUAUUGUAUUGUACUGUUGAAAAGCACAAAUUGGAUGACCCAUCCAUCAACCAACUUUCCUUUCCUUCACUAACUCAUCGCCAGUUUCUCUCUAUUGCAAUUUCGCAAAUGGCAAGUGAUCAUUACAAGUCCCUCGACGGCAUCACCGCCGCUGACAUAGCGGCGUUGGGCAUAUCCACGGAAACCGCCGAGCAACUCCACCGCCAGCUGGCCGGGAUUAUCGAAAACCACGGAGCCGGAACUUCCCGAACGUGGCAGAACAUCUCCAAACACCUUCUCAAACCGGACCUACCAUUUUCCUUCCAUCAGAUCAUGUACUAUGGCUGCUACAAACAUUUCGGACCCGACCCGCCGGCCUGGAUGCCCGACACUGGUGGAGCAAAUGAGACUAAUGUUGGCAAACUGUUGCAAGAACAUGGAAAAGAAUUCUUGGGGCCAAAAUAUGUGGAUCCUAUCUCAAGCUUCCUCCAUUUUCAGGAAUUUUCUGUCUCAAACCCUGAGGUUUAUUGGAAAGCUUUAUUUGUCAAAAUGGGUGUCUGUUUUUCAACUCCUCCUGAAUGCAUUUUGCGUGAGGAUCCUACUCAACCAGGUGGUAAGUGGCUUCCAUCCGCAACUACUAAUCCAGCAAACAACUGCCUGACUGUGAGUGGUCAGAGGACUCUUGAUGAUAUUGCUGUCAUAUGGCGUGAUGAAGGCGAUGAUGAAUUGCCUUUAAAUAAGAUGACCGUCAAGGAGCUUCGUGCAUCAGUUUGGCUUGUUGCCCAUGCAAUAGAAACCUUGAAACUGGAGAAGGGCUCAGCAAUUGCCAUAGAUAUGCCCAUGAAUUGCAACUCUGUGGUUAUCUACCUUGCAAUAGUACUAGCUGGUUACGUAGUUGUGUCAAUUGCUGAUAGUUUUGCACCAGCUGAAAUAUCUACGAGGCUCAAAAUAUCAAAAGCAAAAGCAAUUUUCACUCAGGAUUUCAUCAUUCGAGGUGGUAGAGAACUUCCGUUGUACAGUAGAGUUGUUGAUGCACAAUCACCAAUAGCAAUUGUAGUUCUCACUAGAGGCUCCAGUAUCACCAUGACAUUGCGUGAUAAUGACAUUUCCUGGCAGAGUUUUCUUGAGAGAGCCAAUGAUUCCAAAGAAGUUGAGUUUGUUGCUGUGGAAAAACCAACUAAAGCAUUCACAAAUAUUCUCUUCUCAUCAGGAACAACAGGGGAACCAAAAGCAAUCCCAUGGACUGUUGCUACACCUUUUAAAGCUGCUGCUGAUGGAUGGUGCCACAUGGACAUUCGCAAAGGUGAUGUAAUUGCUUGGCCAACUAAUCUUGGGUGGAUGAUGGGUCCCUGGCUUGUUUAUGCUUCAUUGUUAAAUGGGGCUUCAAUAGCUCUAUAUAAUGGAUCUCCCCUUUCUUCUGGAUUUGCCAAGUUUGUGCAGGAUGCUAAAGUGACAAUGCUGGGUGUGAUACCUAGUAUUGUGAGGGCAUGGAAAACUGCAAAUUCAACAGCUUCUUAUGAUUGGUCUGCAAUCCGUUGCUAUGCAUCCACUGGUGAGGCAUCUAAUGUGGAUGAAUACCUCUGGCUGAUGAGUAGAGCUCAAUACAAGCCUGUUAUUGAGUAUUGUGGUGGCACUGAAAUAGGCGGCGGAUUUGUUACUGGUUCUUUGUUGCAAAAUCAAUCUCUAGCAGCUUUUAGCACACCUGCCAUGGGAUGCAGUCUGUUUAUUCUUGGGGAUGAUGGUGUUCCGAUUCCACAAAACCAUACUGGAAUUGGUGAACUAGCCCUUGGUUCACUCAUGUUUGGAGCAUCUAGCACGCUACUGAAUGCUGAUCAUCAUAGUAUCUACUUCAAGGACAUGCCAAUUUGGAAUGGGAAGGUUCUCAGAAGACAUGGCGAUCUCUUUGAGCGUACAUCAAAAGGUUACUAUCGUGCACAUGGCCGCGCUGAUGACACCAUGAAUCUUGGUGGUAUAAAGGUCAGCUCGGUUGAGAUUGAGCGAAUCUGUAAUGCAGUCAGUUCAGAUAUCCUGGAAACAGCAGCAAUUGGGGUGCCGCCUCCCGGUGGAGGACCGGAGCGGUUAGUAGUUGCCAUUGUGUUCAAGGACUCUGACAAACCACUGUCGGACUUGAGUAGUCUGGCUGCAUCUUUCAAUUCAGCCCUUCAGAAGAAACUAAACCCUCUUUUCAAGGUGUCCGAAAUCAUAGCCCUGUCUUGUCUUCCAAGGACAGCUACGAACAAAGUAAUGAGAAGGGUUUUGAGGGAGCAAUUCUCUCAAAGUGAUCAGAAUUCCAAACUGUGAUGAUCAACAUCCAUCUAUCGAACUCUAUUAGGGGUGUGUUUUUUGAUAGAAAAUUUCCAACGCGCACUCGCUGCACUUCACGCUAAAUAUGUGCAAAAAUUUCAUAUUUACAAAAUUUUAGCAUUGAUCA